CAAUUUUUUUUUUUUAAUUUUCUUUUGCCGACCAAAAAAAAAAAAAAAAGAAAGAAAAAGGAAAUGAAAGAAUGAAACUUUGAUGAGUUAACUCACUCACCAAUCUCGCUCUUUGUCGGUUUUGGUUCCUCAACUGUUUGCAAAAUGCAAGACCUCUUCGGAUCAGUUAGCCGUUCACUAGUGUUCCGUGCAACCCCAGACAAUAACACCCAAGAAAAUAGUCCUCCAUUGGCAACUGCAGCCAAUGCCUUUGUUGAAAGGAUAAAUUCUUGCAUCCGCAAAUCAAGGGUCUUCUCCAAGCCUUCCUCUCCGUCGCCUUCUCCUCCUUUGAUCCGAUGGCGCAAAGGAGAGUUGAUUGGUUCCGGUGCCUUUGGCAGGGUUUAUAUGGGCAUGAAUCUUGAUUCCGGAGAGCUUCUUGCAGUGAAAGAGGUGCUAAUUGCGGCAAACAGUGCUUCAAAGGAAAAAACACAGGCUCAUAUCAGGGAGCUCGAGGAAGAAGUAAAGCUUCUGAAGAACCUUUCGCAUCCCAACAUUGUUAGAUAUUUAGGAACAGUGAGAGAGGAGGAAACUUUAAAUAUUUUGCUCGAAUUCGUGCCUGGCGGAUCAAUAUCAUCACUUUUGGGAAAAUUUGGACCCUUCCCUGAAGCUGUUAUAAGAAAAUACACAGAACAGUUACUAUUGGGCCUUGAGUAUUUACACAACAAUGGAAUUAUGCACAGGGAUAUUAAGGGGGCAAACAUCCUGGUAGAUAAUAAAGGAAACAUUAAACUUGCAGAUUUUGGUGCUUCCAAACAGGUUGUUGAGCUGGCUACUGUGUCUGGUGCCAAGUCUAUGAAGGGUACUCCAUAUUGGAUGGCUCCUGAAGUCAUUUUGCAGACUGGACAUAGUUUUUCUGCUGAUAUAUGGAGUGUUGGCUGUACGGUAAUAGAGAUGGCCACUGGAAAGCCUCCUUGGAGCCAGCAAUACCAAGAGGUUGCUGCACUCUUCUAUGUCGGGACAACAAAGUCUCAUCCACCUAUUCCAGAACAUCUUUCUACAGAGGCAAAAGAUUUUCUGCUGAAAUGUUUGCAAAAGGAACCAGAUUUGAGACCAGUAUCAUCUGUACUGCUAAAGCAUCCCUUUGUCACUGGAGAAUCUCAGGACUCCAAUACUGUUUUGCAUGCUUCAGUCAUGGAUAACUCUGAAAUCUCUUCAGCAUUACAUGCCACUAACCCUGAAGGCUUUCAAGUUUCAAGGUGCCGUGACUCAGCAGAUAUGUGUAAUUUGGGUAGUCUGAACUGCUCAAACACGUUUGUUGAAAAGUUUUCAGAAAGCAAAAACUUGUGGAGAAUGGACUGCAAUGAAGAUGAUAUGUGUCAGAUUGACAAAGAUGAUUCUAUGAGCUCUAAUCCCACUUGCGGAACUUCUCAUGAUGGGAAGGGCAAAUUUGAUGAUGAUCCUGAAAUGGUAGCAGUUGGUUUCCCUACUGCUUGUGUUGAAGGGGGAAAUGAUUUUUCAUAUACUGGUGGGCCAUCGUUCUCUGAAGAUGAUGAUGAACUCACUGAAUCAAAAAUUAGAGCCUUUUUAGAUGAGAAGGCAUUAGAACUAAAGAAGCUACAAACACCAUUAUAUGAAGAGUUCUACAACAGCUUGAAUUUAUCAGGCUCCCCAAGUUUCGUUGAGAAACGUGAGGAGACACCCCCAAAUUACUUGAAAUUACCUCCUAAAAGCAGAUCCCCAAGUCGUGGUCCAGUUGGCACCCCUUCUUCAGCAGCUGAUGCUAUUAGUACAGGAAGUCCAGGGAGUAACAGUAGCAGGCGAGUGUCAAAUGUUGGCAAUGCUAGUGACCAAACUCCACAGGACAAUUCAUCCCCUCAGCAUUGUGAUUGGAAAGGGCUUCUAGUUGAUGGCCAGCCAGAACCAAGCAGCCCAAGUUUAGUCUUCUCUGAGAGACAGAGGAAGUGGAAAGAAGAGCUUGAUCAGGAGCUUGAGAGAAAGCGAGAGAUGCUGCGCCAAGCAGGUGUGGGAGGGAAGACUUCUUCGCCUAAGGAUCGAGCAUUAAAUAGGCAAAGAGAUCGGACAAGGUUUGCAUCUCCAGGCAAAUGAGUGCAUGUUAGAGUAAACAGCACCUCCUGAGAUGUUCUUACCAAGAGUUCAUCAUACCUUUACAUUCAUGAUGAAAAUGACCGCGACAAAUUUGUCACUGUUCAACCAGGAAGAAUUGCCAUUUUAAAGGCCUAGUUGAUGUUACUCAAACAUAAUAUAUAAAUAGUCAUACUAUAUUUUUCUUUCCCUUUCCCCCCUAUGGGUGUUUUACUGGUUUUUGAGGGGUUUGGUAUAUGCUUCCAUAAGCUUUUCUGGUGCAUAUAUUUGUAUUACUGAUGUAGAAUAAUAAUGAUAAGAUUUUGUGAUUUGAGAUAUGGAAA